AUGGACAAUUUCUAUCCCGCCUCAAGCAAGCGGCCUCGCGAACCUGACAUAGUUGAGUCCGAUGAUCAGGCAGCAUUGGAGCGUGACCCCAAACAUCUAUGUGAGAGCAUGGGCAGGGGUAUAUCGCCUCGGGGUUCGACCUUUCUCCGUCAGAUGGUUCAUCCUGUACCCUUCUAUUCUUUUCCUGCCGUUGCUCAGGAGAAGGACUCUAUUGUGGACAACGCUCAGGCAGGUCCUUCUCUGAGCAACCUCGACGAAGUUCAGGCGGGUCCGUCCCAGAGCACUCGCAUGGACAAAGCGCAUGCCGAUCCAUCUCGGAACCUUGACGCAGACGCUCGGGCUGGUCCCUCACUGGGCAAUAACAGCGAUCUCAGACACAGUUCGAACCAAAUGAAUGAUGCACGAUCCAGCACAAGGGAUCUCCGUGACACGGUUCGUGUACUUGCGGAGAAGGUAGCAAGCAUUCCUACUGUCACGACCACGACCACGACCACGACCAUGACCACGACCACGACCACGACCACGACCACGACCACGACCACGACCACCACGACCACCAUGACCACGACCACGACCACGACCACGACCACGACUACCAAUGCCGCCUCCGCAAUAGCAGCAGCAGCUAACACCGCCGCUCCCACUCCUUCGGGUGAGGCGGCUGUAGCCGCAGGGCCCUCUACCACUACCACCAGUGCGACGUGCCCCGGAUGUCGCUGCUAA